AGCCAGAGAGCUCCGGAAGCCUGGGUAACCCAGGUUCUGGUAGGAAAAGCUAAGCCUUGCAGCGAGUGUUUCAGGAAAAGUUACAUGGAGCGUGGGCGUUUCGCAGCCUGCUAAGCUCCUGACAAGUAUGAGGCAAGGAUUUCACGGAAGAAGUUGCAGGAGAACUCUCCACUACCAUAGCUGUAGGCUGUCAGGUCUUGAGGGAACCGCAGGAAGGAGGAAAAGAGACCUUCAGAGACGACAUGGUUCCCAGAGAAGAGAAUACACAGAGUACAAACAGAGUGCUCAGAAUAAGUCAGUUGGAUGCGCUUGAACUAAAUAAGGCCCUGGAGCAGCUAGUUUGGUCCCAGUUUACUCAGUGCUUUCAUGGAUUUAAGCCAGGGCUGUUAGCUCGCUUUGAACCAGAAUUGAAAGCAUUCUUGUGGCUUUUCUUUUGGAGAUUCACCAUCUACUCCAAAAAUGCCACUGUAGGACAGUCAGUUUUGAAUAUUCAGUACAAAAAUAAUUUUUCUUCGAGCCUGAGAUAUCAGCCGCCAAGUACAAAUCAGAAACUCUGGUAUGCUAUUUGUACAAUUGGUGGGAGGUGGUUAGAAGAACGAUGCUACGAUUUAUUUCGAAACCAUCAUUUAGCAUCAUUCAGGAGAGUCAAGCAGUGCAUGAAUUUUGUGGUUGGACUUAUAAAAUUAGGUGAUUUGAUUAACUUCUUUAUUUUCCUUCGAAAGGGAAAGUUUGCAACUUUGACAGAACGUCUCUUAGGCAUUCAUUCUGUAUUUUGCAAGCCCCAAAACAUCCGUGAAGUCGGCUUUGAGUAUAUGAAUAGGGAACUUCUCUGGCAUGGUUUUGCUGAGUUUCUUAUUUUUCUUUUACCACUCAUCAAUAUCCAGAAGUUGAGAGCCAAGUUAUCCUCGUGGUGUAUCCCUCUUACUGGUGCUUCUAAUAGUGACAGUACAUUAGCUACCAGUGGCAAAGAAUGUUCUCUGUGUGGAGAAUGGCCCACCAUGCCUCACACCAUAGGAUGUGAGCACAUCUUUUGUUACUACUGUGUUAAAAGUAGUUUCUUAUUUGACAUGUACUUUACAUGUCCUAAGUGUGGCACAGAGGUACACAGUGUGCAGCCUCUGAAAUCAGGAAUUGAGAUGUUAGAAGUAAAUGCUGUUUAAAAACUAAAAUUGUUUUCUCUAAGGAAAAAUGUACUAUGCUUAAAUCCAUAUUAGUCAUCUUUAAGUGUAGUCUUUAGAUGACUUUUAUAGGGCUUAUGCUUCUCAGCCACUGUCUUCUGUUCCUUUCCAAGUGUGAGUAAAUUCUAAUUGCUGGAAACCACAUGAUUCUAAAUAUGUU